AUGGGCCUCCUUUGGUUCUUUCUAGUUUGGUCAACAGUACUCCUCGUUUGGCAUGUUCCGAACAGCACUGCCAAGACCAAUAUAAAGAAGAAGAAACCCAACAUUCUCUUUGUCGUCAUGGACGAUCUCGGAUCUCACGAUUUGGGUCGUCAUGGCUCUGGAAUUCAUACACACCAUAUCGACCAACUCGCCACCGAUGGAGUCUACCUGGACAAUUACUACGUGCUGCCAUACUGUAGUCCCACCCGGGCCGCCUUGUUGUCGGGCCGGUAUCCUCUUCAUACCGGUGUCCACAUUGUCGUGCCCGUCGAUUCCGUUCUCAGUUUGCCCUUGGAGGAACAGACACUAGCACAAAUUAUGCGGGACGGGGGCUAUAAGGCUCAUGCCGUCGGAAAAUGGCACAUUGGACAUGCCAAUUGGAAAAUGACACCCACCUUUCGUGGAUUUGAAACCUUUUUUGGAUUCUACAUUGGAGGCGAAGACUACUUUACCCAUCGCAAUGGGGCCGGCUAUGAUUUGCGAUGGGACAAGGAGGAAUACUGUGGGGACGGAUGCAGUCAACUCCCCGAUGAACGUGGUAAUUAUUCCACCCAAGUCUUUACGAGGGAAGCCAUUCGUGUCAUUCACCGGCAUAGUAGCAACAACAAUAAGAAGAAACAACAACAAAUAGACGAAGAAGAUCCACUGUUUCUGUAUUUGGCCUAUCAGGCCGUGCACGACCCGGAUCAAGUACCCGAGGAAUACCGAGCGCCCUACGAGAAUGUGACGGGGUGGGAUGCCAGACGAAUUACCUAUGCCGGAAUGUUGACGGCCGCUGAUCAGGGGAUUGCGCAAGUGAUUGAGGCACUCCAAGAGACGGGUAUGUGGGACGAUACAGUGGUGGUUUUCACGACAGACAAUGGUGGACCUACCGACGUUUGUGCCAUUCAAGGUUCUUCCAAUUUCCCAAAGCGCGGUGGCAAAUGCACACUCUAUGAUGGAGGUACCACCGGUGAUGGAUUCAUCAGUGGCCCGGCAUUGACAUCCCACUGGGCCGUACCAACUGGUUCCGAUCGGACCUACGCCAACUUGUUUCAUGCAGUGGAUUGGCUUCCGACAUUGGCGGCGGCCGUCGGGGUUACACCCAAUGGCCAACCUCUGGAUGGAGUGAGUCACUUGUACGCUUUCCAAAAUGGUAUGGAAGAGUUGUAUGGCCCACCGGCUCCGAUGCGUGCCUUGAAGAACAAAAAGAUAGCAUCGGCACCACCCCGCCAAGAAGUCUUUGUCGGAUACUCGUUUUACGACCAUUCCGGUGGACAAUGGUACGGUCCCGCCAUUCGAUAUCAUCACUGGAAACUCAUUCAGGGACACAGUGGUGGCCCGGAACACGCUCACACACCACCCCCCAAGGGAACCAGCACUCCCGCUCCGGGUGGAGAUGUCAAUGCCACGUACUUGCUAUUUGACUUGAGCAACGAUCCCAAUGAGACCCGGGACGUGGCACGGGAGCAUCCCCACGUAGUGGCACUUCUAAUGGGUCGAUUGCAAGAGUAUCAGAAACACUAUGUGGGUCCUCCUCCCAACACGGAUCCUUCCUGUCCAUUUCCGGGGUUGCGGAAUCAUAGUAAAUUUGGCAAAGUGUGGACUCCAUGGUGUGGUGGUACCAGUAGUAGGAGCAGCACCUAUGGUGAUGAUGAUGACACGAAAUGGGUUCCCUGGUGUGACGGUGCCAAGGAAGUUAGAAUAUACACGUAG